AUGAUAGUACAUCGUGAUACAAUUCUUCGUAUUAUUGUUUUUGUUCAUUUUGUUUUUGUAAGCAUGGUAUUACUGGCUGAUUGGUUGCCUAAAUCAUAUCAUAUUAAUCAAGUUACUAUUAUAGCACUUGGUGUUUGGGGUAUAAUACAAUAUGAAAGUGUGAUUCAAGUUGAACUUUUAAUGUUAAUUAAACUUAUUUCGAUUUUGGUUGAUUCAAUUGCUAUUGGAAUGUAUUUUCAAAUUGGAAAACAUGCCUAUGCUACACAACAUCAUACCACUUAUUUUACUAUUAGUGCUUUUUUUGCUAUAUUUCUUUUGGUACUCAAACCAGUAAUGCUUUUAUUAAUAAGUCAUGUUCGACAAGAACGUCUAAAUAAUGCAGUAUUUGAUUCAUGGACACCAACAUCAGGAUAUGCAUCAGUCGGUGGAAGAUAA